AUGAAAAAACAGGCGGCUGAAGCGGAUAUUUUGAAAGACGUAUUUGAUACAGUGCAGGAUUUAUCAAGUAUUCCAGAUGGUCAACUGACGGCAGAUGAAAAGCUUGUCUUCGAGAAACAAACAGAGUCAAUUGUAGAAAGGCAUGCACUAGUUCAGCCGACUGUUGUACUUACAGAAACGAAGGCUGCAGAUCCAUUUCAGCCUAUGCUUUCUUCACCGCCGGCGCUUGAAUCAUCGCACCACGUACUGGCACCAUCGACACCUCAGUUAUCCCACCACGUAUUUUGA